AGUGAAGGAAAGGGAAAAAGAAAAGUGAUAUAUUUUUCCCGCGCGAUUUUAUUGUUUUUGAUCGAAGAAAAGGACUAAAGAGAACCCUAGGCGAGUUUUGGUAAUGGAAGAAGCGAGAAGCGAAUUGGAGAGAGAAGAAGAUGAAGAGGCUACCGAGCUCCUAAGGGACCGAUUCCGACUCUCCACCAUCUCAAUUGUGGAAGCUCAAGCGAAGAAAAGCGAUAUGGAAAUCUCGGAGCCGAUUGUGGCCUGCAUUUCCGAUUUGGCCUUCAAAUAUACAGAACAGUUGGCAAAGGACCUUGAGUUAUUUUCUCAGCAUGCGGGUCGUAAGACUGUCAACAUGGAAGAUGUCAUCCUCUCUGCACAUAGAAACAAACAUUUAGCCUCCUCCUUGAGGUCCUUCUGCAAUGAUCUCAAAGCAAAAGAAAUCCCAUCUGAGAGGAAGCGGAAGAAAGCAUCAAGAAAGGAGGACAAAGCUUCCACCAGCGUGGUGCAUAUUCCAGAUCUCUAACUGAGGAUUUCCCCAUGGCCAUUGCCUAAUGAGUACUCAAGGCAAAUUAAAUAUUGAUAACUGAGGGAAAACUAAUAUUCAAUUCGACUUCCUAUUAUUAUUCAGAUUUCAGGAUCACCUUUUGGUAAUUGUACAGUAUAAGGGGGUCGGAGCCAACACUUUCCCUGCAAUGCUUGACUACCAAAUAAUCCUCAUUAAAUGCAUAACCUAGAUAACUCAUGCUGAAGUUGAAUGAGUAUUUCAGUUACACCAAAUUACACUGUCUUGUAGCUUCUUUAUAUCUACUGUCAUUUUAAAUCUC